GCGAUAGGAACAAUGGGACGUAUCACGCCAUUUUCCGCCAGGUUUUCACUAUGCUGGAAUUCAAAAAGACGUCGGGCAGCCUCGUUUCCAAAGGCUCGGAUCGAAACAAACAUGAUGCGUCAGCACCAGGGUCUACACUCACUAGUACACAAAUCUCAUUAUCCAAAGACGAUCCAUUGAAAUGGGCGGCGUUGUGCAAGGACUACAACUUCAUACAUUUGUCUGGACUCGCUGCAAAGCUGUUCGGUUUGCCCGGAAAGCUUGCACACGGAAACCAUGCAGCUGCAAAAGCAUUACAGAGCUUGCCUGACGCUGGAAACACGGCAUUGCCGAACAGUAUCCCCUUGCAGAUGCAAGUAGACUUCAAGAAACCAAUGGUAGUCCCCGCUAUCUUUGAAGUGUGCAUAAAAGAAUCGCCGUCUACUGGCAUUGUGUUUGAAAUCCUCCAAAAGGGAAAAGUCCAUGCCACUGGCGCAUAUGGCCCACUAGAAUCAGACAGAUAGUAGUUCCAUGGGCACCUCGAGACGACGCUGUCCUAUUUGCAUACUUCAUCCAGUGUUCAUACUCGAGUUGUGCAUGAUGACAACUCUUUCAACAUCUGGACCAAUCUUCACAGGCUCGCUUACGUGUUCAAGGCCGAGACAUGAAGUUGCGGCCAAGCUCGA